UUAUCUCAUGUAUCAUGACAAAACGACAGCAAAUUAGUUCACGAGUGUUUUCUUUAAGGAGCGACCAAUUUGAGUUUGUUUUACGAUUGAACAUUUUAGUUUCAUGGAGCUUGUGAACGGACUUACGACCCCAAUUACAACAGAGGAGGAAAAUACCGAAGGAACCAACGGUACUGAACACCAUGAAGCAACGAUUUCACCAAAUGGCACUGUUACUAACAGCAGUCUCUCAAUACUGUCGGAAUCACAGUGGGAGGUUGGGGAUCAGAUAGACAUGUCUUCAAAGCAAUGGAAACAAACCAACAGUAAGCUAUGUGACCAAAAAUCCCUUCAGAAUUGUCCCCUGGGGCGAGCUGUGUUGACCGACACUAACAAGCGGCCAUACAAAUGUGAUACGUGUGACAAAUCAUUUAAUAAGGAGAGUGUUUUGAACAGACACAGAAAGAUUCACAGUAAUGAACGACCGCAUAACUGUGAGAUAUGUGGGAAUGGAUUCCUUCGGAAGUAUCUGCUUGAGCAACAUGUGUUAACUCAUACUGGCGAGCGGCCGUACCUAUGUGAUAUAUGUGACAAAUCAUUUAAUAAGGAGAGUGUUUUGAACAGACACAGAAAGAUUCACAGUAAUGAACGACACCAUAAGUGCGAGAUAUGUGGCAAUGAAUUCUUUCAUAAGCAUCGCCUGAAGAGUCAUAUGGUAACUCACAGUGGCGAGCGACCGUAUAAAUGUAACAUAUGUGACAAAUCAUUUAAACAUCAGAGUACACUAACUUUACACACAAACAAUCACAGUAAUGAACAACUGCAUAAAUGUGAGAUAUGUGGCAAAGGAUUCCUUCGGAAGUCGUAUAUGAAAGAACAUAUGCUAACUCACACUGGCGAGCGAUCGUAUAAAUGUAACAUAUGUGACAAAUCAUUUAAACAUCAGAGUACACUAACUUUACACACAAACAAUCACAGUAAUGAACAACUGCAUAAAUGUGAGAUAUGUGGCAAAGGAUUCCUUCGGAAGUGUCUGCUUGAGCAACAUGUGUUAACUCACACUGGCGAUCGGCUGUACACAUGCGAGAUAUGUGGCAAAGGAUUCGUUAAGAAGUUUUGUAUGAAACAACAUAUGGUAACUCACACUGGCGAGUUGUCGUUCAAAUGCGAGAUAUGUGGCAAAGGAUUCCUUCAGAAGUCGUUCAUGAAAGAACAUAUGGUAACUCACACUGGCGAGUGGCCGUACAAAUGCGAGAUAUGUGGCAAAGGAUUGCUUCGGAAGUCGUAUAUGAAAGAACAUAUGCUAACUCACACAGGCGAGCGACCGUAUAAAUGUGAUAUAUGUGGCAAAGGAUUCCUUCAGAAGUAUCUGCUUAAGCGACAUAUGUUAACUCAUACUAGCGAGCGGCCGCACAAAUGCGAGAUAUGUGGUAAAAGAUUCCUUCAGAAAUGUCGGCUUAUGGAUCAUAUGGUAACUCACACUGGCGAGUGGUCGUUCAAAUGCGAGAUAUGUGGCAAAGGAUUCGUUAAUAAAUCGUGUAUGAAAGAACAUAUGCUAACUCACAUUGGCGAGCGACUGCAUAAAUGUGAUAUAUGUGGCAAAGGAUUCCUUCAGAAGUAUCGGCUUGAGCGACAUAUGUUAACUCAUACUGGCGAGUGGCCGUACAAAUGCGAGAUAUGUGGUAAAAGAUUCCUUCGGAAAUAUCAGCUUAUUAAACAUAUGGUAACUCACACUGGCGAGUGGCCGUGCGAAUGUGAGAUAUGUGGCAAAGGAUUCGUUAAUAAAUCGUGUAUGAAAGAACAUAUGCUAACUCACAUUGGCGAGCGAGUGCAUAAAUGUGAUAUAUGUGGCAAAGGAUUCCUUCAGAAGUAUCGGCUUGAGCGACAUAUGUUAACUCAUACUGGCGAGUGGCCGUACAAAUGCGAGAUAUGUGGUAAAAGAUUCCUUCGGAAAUAUCAGCUUAUGAAACAUAUGGUAACUCACACUGGCGAGUGGCCGUGCGAAUGUGAGAUAUGUGGCAAAGGAUUCGUUGAUAAAUCGUGUAUGAAAGAUCAUAUGCUAACUCACACUGGCGAGCGACCGUAUAAAUGUGACAUAUGUGACAAAUCAUUUAAACAUCAGCGUGCGCUAAUUUUUCACACAAAGUAUCACAGUAAUGAACAACCGCAUAAAUGUGAGGUUUGUGGCAAAGGAUACGCUCAGAAGAAUUUGCUUGUGCAACAUUUGUUAACUCACACUGGCGAGCGGCCGCACAAAUGCGAGAUAUGUGGCAAAGGAUUCGUUUACAAGUAUCUGCUUAUGCAACAUUUUUCAACUCACACUGGCGAGCGAUCUCAUACUGGCGAGUGGUCGCACAAAUGCGAGAUAUGUGGCAAAGGAUUCCCUCAGAAGUAUCUGCUUAUGAAACAUAUGGUAACUCAUACUGGCGAGUGGCCGCACAAAUGCGAGAUAUGUGACAAAGGAUUCGUGCAGAAGUCGACUAUGAAACAACAUAUGGUAACUCACACUGGCGAGCGAGCGUAUAAAUGUGACAUAUGUGACAAAUCAUUUAAAUAUCAGAGUUCGCUAUCUUUACACACAAAGAAUCACAGUAAUGAACAACAGCAUUAAUGUGAGAUAUGUGGUACAGUCGUGAGUCGCUGAUUGGGCCACAGCCUUGUCCAACUAACGAAUUUGAUUCGCUAGUUGAACCGACUGACAAAUGUCAAACUCUCCAAAGGAGAUGCUGGCAAUGUAAAUGCGUCUGUCCACAUCUAUAAAUAUUGUCAGAUUGAUUGUCAAAGUAAAUUUGACAUGAGAUUUUGGCGUUCAGAUGCUUUUUAGUUUGACAAUGGUCCAACUAGCGAAGGUCCAACUAAAAGCGGUCCAGUUUAAAAGUGUCCAACUAGCGAAUCACGACUGUAAAGGGUUCCUUCAGAAGUAUCUGCUUGAGCAACAUGUCUCGCAAAUAAACGAAAUUUGUUUUUUAACGUUCAA